AUGAAAAAGAGAAUAUUGAAGAUACUGUACACCGGUGUGAAUGACAAAGUCGAGACACCACCACCAGUUCCAGUGUCAGCUGAGGUGAAAGUGCCAACUGAGGUGAAAAUAAGUGUCGGAUCAAAAGAAGAGCAAAAGGUUGAACCAAAGAUAGCGCUGAAGCCUCCAAAGAAGGUUACUCCAAAGCCUGAGCCAAAAGUUCCCACGAAAGUGGAGAAGAAGGUUACUCCAAAAGCCGAACCAAAAAUCACUCCAAAAGUUGUGCCAGAGAAAGUAUCGACAGAAGAAGUUAAAGCAUCGCAAAAAGCGCAGUGGCUGGAAGUGCAAGAGCAGGACCGGCUGUGGAUGAAAAAGCUUUUGCAGAGAGAAGAUCGUUUUAUGGAUACGGCCGAGUCAGAGCCAAGAGCCAAAGCGCUCAAAAAAGCAAUGAUACCCCCAAUGGAAGAUGCCGAACUGAAGAGUUUGAUCCAACAGGAGCGCAGAUCGUACCUUGACGGUUACUACGAUGGCUACAAAGCUGGUUUGACGGAGGAUAAAUCAGCAAAGGAAGGCGAAACAAUCAAGUCGGCAAUGGACAGACUAUCUGUUAAAGAAGACAAUUCUAAAAAUCGCGCUUAUAAGAUCGGAUUCAUCGAGGGCUAUCAUCGCGCCCGUCUUCUGAAAGCGAGCUACAAAGAUAGAUCCGUAAUGAAAGCCUUAGAACAGAUGGCAGCAAAGGAAGUUGAAGGUCACGAGAAAAAGAAAGAUGGCACUCUAGUCUCAGAUGGAACGAAUGUGAGAGCGAAAACACCUGGUGGAGGUGAACCAAGUGAACCACCAUUUCUUAUCGAUCCCCUACAGAAACGAGACAUA